AUGUCGCUGUUCGUCAGGAUCUUAUGCUUACUUAUGAUCGCCAACAUCGCACUCUGCCAUCACUACUGGUUCGAUAUGCCUGGCGCCCAAAAGUUCAAUGACGGCUCCGACAUUCCAUACGAAGACGAUAUGCCACUUCAAAUGCAAAAACGAUUCCGCAUCAAAUACAUACGAGAACUUGGACGACUUCCUGGUCCACCUCUUAAAUAA